UAUGGUCUCUAUCUUGAUAGUGACUCAUCCAAACUUUUAUUUGCACAGGCUGAAAAGGAAUCUGGAGAUAGUCCUCUUUCCAAAUUUGUCAGUUAUUUACGCCAGAGAUCAAAACAAAGGAAUGAUUCUCUGGUGGAAUCUAGUGUUCUGGUUGGUGCAGAAUCUUCUGUAUUUAGGAAGAAGCUACCUGAACUCGAUGAAGAAGAUGAGCAAGAUCCUGAAGAAGGAGCUGCAGUCUUCAGCGCAUCCUGGUUGCCUGAAAAGAAAAAAAAAGUUAUCAAGGAAAAGACCUCAAAGAAGCGAGCAUUCGAGCGUGAUGGUGAUGGUGAUGGUGAUGGUGAUGGUGAUGGUGAUGAUGCAGAUGAAGACGUGGUUGAGGAUCUGGUUCUCAGUUCAAAGGAAGACGAUGAUAAUGAUUUUGAUGAAGGCAAGGAUGGAGACGAGAUGAAUCAGCAUUCUGUCAAACAGGACAAGAAGCUAACGGCUUCUUCAUCCGAUCGGAAAGAAAGGAAAAAAAAGUCAGCAACUGAUUUCAAGAAACAAAGCAAGCCUCGCAAGAAGAAAGCCAAGAAGGCAGUUAAAACUUGAAUUGGAUGAGGAACAUCAUCAGUGUCGCUAAUUCUACGGGUCAGAAACAAGAUUCAAAGAUUCAUGCUACUUGUUGAAACCUGCGGUAUGAGCAUUUAGGGAGCUAACUACACCGCCAUGUUGAGAUCUUGGUGACUUUAGCCUUCUUGUUUACUGCAUACAUGUGUUUCGUUUAUCAUAUAUAUUUCAGAACAAUGGGUGUGAGGAGGAUUCAAUUUCUAAAUGAAUUGUUAACAAGAAUUCUAUUUGA